AAGGCGGGACAGUGGUCGGCUGAACGUCAACCUGAGAGUGCCAUAUUUCCCUCACCACCAGCUGACAUCCACACCUAACACCCACUUUUUCUGUGAGGUGCGCCGACAGAUAAGAAGAUGUCAGUACCUCCGGUGUACUCUCCUUUCUUCGGAGCCAUGGGGGCUUCAGCAGCCAUGAUAUUUAGUGCAUUGGGAGCUGCAUAUGGUACAGCAAAAUCUGGAGUGGGUAUUGCAGCCAUGUCAGUGAUGCGCCCUGAAUUGAUUAUGAAGUGCAUUAUCCCUGUUGUUAUGGCUGGUAUCAUUGCUAUUUACGGCCUUGUGGUGGCUGUUCUCAUUGCCGGAAAGCUGUCUACUGCUACUAAUGGAUAUGGUUUAUAUGAAGGGUUUGUUCACCUUGGUGCUGGUCUUAGUGUUGGCCUGUCUGGUCUAGCUGCUGGAUUUGCUAUUGGAAUUGUAGGAGAUGCAGGUGUGAGGGGGACUGCCCAACAGCCACGAUUGUUUGUGGGCAUGAUUCUCAUUCUCAUCUUUGCUGAGGUGCUGGGUCUCUAUGGUCUGAUUGUAGCCAUCUACUUGUAUACCAAGACAUCAUCAUAAAUUCAAUGCAACUAUAAAUAAACAGUUGCAGUGUCUUAAUAUUGGCAUGCCCACAUAUAUAGACCUGCCUAAAACUGGAUUACCAAAACGGAGUCAAAAGUGCUCUCUCCAUUGCAGCUAAACUAGGUUUGUGGCAUGAUGGUGCUAGUCAGGUUCUGUGCUCACAAAUGCUUCAGAGUUUAUUCUGUGUAAGAUGAAAAGAUAUAUCUUAAUGGGCUAUAUGAAUCAUUUUAGAUUUUCAUUUUGCCAUAUGCUUUAAAGAAAAAUUGGGGAAACAGUUUUUAAAAAUACAGUAUCACACUAAUGGCUUUCAAAAUUAUGAGGAAAGGCUUGUGCUGGCACCAUCUUUAAAUAUUGCUAGAGAUCUAUCUCGAAUAGGUGAGAAUUGCUGUCAAGGCCAAAGUGCAUUGACUGAGAUUGGAGAGUUCAUCUGAAAACAAAAAAAAUGUAGUUCACAUACAGAUACAUUUAAAAAAUUUUAUGUACAUUAAAUUUAAAUUUAUAAUAGUUUACUUAUCUAAAUAUUAAAUUAUAUAGUGAAUAUUUAGGCACAGUAAAGGGUUUUGGUCUAUUUUAUUUUAUUAAUGCUAAAUAGUAAAUGGAGAGGUAACCAUUUUUGAGCUGGAAUUAAUGCUAAACUUCAUUGUCCCUGGUUAUUAAACAAACCUGUUUACCAGUGUGUAAGGUUAUAUAUUAUAUGUAUGUGUGUGUGUGUGUGUGUAUAUAUAUCUCUUUUCAGCAAACCCACCGGCUGUCUCCCACCAAGGCAGGGUGACCCAUAUAUACAUAUAUGUAUGCAUGCAUAUACAUAUACAUAUUUACUGUAUAUUACAUUUAUAUUUAUAUGAAGCACUAGCAAGUAAAGGGGGCUUAGGAACCAAUUUUAAAAAACUGAGAAAAAUAUGUUUAGUAUGAAAGUCACAUCUCAUAAACUAAUAGAUAUUUGGAUCAUUCAAAUGGUGUUCUGUAGGACAUUUCAUUAGUUUAUUUGUCGGAGUUUCAUUUAUGUAUACAUAAGGCAUAAAUGACAGUAUAUAAAUUUUGGCACGGUCAUCUUUUGCGAGUGUAUUAGGACAAUUUUAAGUAAUUCAUUGUCUUAUAUAUGUUAAAAACAAUUUAUUGAAUGCAUGCAUUUUGUUUCAUAGUUUUCUAAAUCCCAGAUAUUCGAGAAAAUUGCCUCAUAACUGGCAGUUAUCUCAUCAGAGUAUCCAUCAUGACAUACAGGACCUAUUUCUCAAGCUUGAACAGUUUCACCACUUACAGCAUAGCACUAUCUGUGUCAAAGAUGCCUCAGACCAGACUCAAUGUCCUAAGGUCAAGAAGUUCAUCACUUUCAAAGCAAUUUUAGAUCAUAAUGAAUAUUAUGUAUACCUGAAGUAUACCAAGUAUACUCCAGGUAUAUAUACGACAAUUUUGCUUCAGUCCCUCUACCACAAGAUGUACAAGCAAAAGCUAAACAUAAUACAAAAAACAUUUUUGGUCAGGGUGGUACUUAUACCUGUUUACCUGCCAGUGCCUCGUGUAUAUAUAUGAAACUGUAUUUUACAAGAUAGGGCAUAUGAGGCAUCACAUACAGACCUGCAUUAGGUUUCUGAUAUUUAUUACUAUAGCAUAGUGACUGUCUCAGUAUUUUCAGAUUGCCAUCUUAUGGAGUUCUCAGUUAGAAAAUAUUUAUUUUUAUUUGUACAAGGUUGUUAAUAUGUAUAAUAUUUACUAAUGAUAUUACUGUGGUGUAUAGGUACGGUAAUUGGAUUUUGAUAAAUACUUUCAAAUUCCAGUAGUGACUGCAUUACAAAAUUUAGGAUGUAUGAUGUAUUUAUAUUUUAAAUAAUUAGCCUUACAAACCUAAAUAUUUAAAUAAUACACUAAAAGUUUAGUCUCUCGAAAGUCUUAGGUUCACAUAUCACAUUAGUGCUAUGUUUCUUGUAUAUAUUCAAAAUUAGUUGUAAUCUUCAGGCUCUCUUGAGAGUAGAUAGUUAUUAUUUAAAGCACAAUUUCAGCAUUUAGUAAAGCUGAUGAGGUAAAAGCCUUUAAAGGGUUACAUUCCAGUUGUAUAUAUUAUUUUGUUGACAUUAAUAGAAUCUAGUACUUUGUUUUAACACACUGAAGUUCAUGGAUGCACUGAAGACAAAUGUUUAGAUACUUGUCUUGCUUUUCAAAUCCUGUAAUACGUAUAUUUGAAUAUUCAACUUACAUAAUCGAUACAGUAUUGUGCAUUUUAAAGACUUUAGUAGUUUACUCAAGGUGUAUUACUGGACUCCAUUGUGUUUAAUAAAAAAUAAUUUUCAUUUUCACUUCCUUACAUCCUCCUUGUACUACUGUAUGGUGGGAAAUAUGACCAUUUCUCACUCUGAGAGUAAAUGUAGAACUUUUAGAAUCAAAUGAAUAAAUAAUCAGUAGUAAAUACAGUUUUAAGUGGCUUAAUGCACCGCUUCUUCAUUAAACAAAGAACACCACUUGCGUUACUCUUCCAAAUGAAUGUUUGUGAUCAAGUAUAGCCAAUAAUUAAUCUGUGUCUGAAUGUUCUAUGAAAUGUUAUAUGAUGGAAAUUAAUGUAGCACUAGGAAUAUUUAGGGUAGUCCCUCCUUGCUGAACAAGUUUUUGUCUUGAAUGUACUAUGAGUGCAAAAGUCAGUAUUGAGGUGGUUUGUAUGUACAGUAUCUUAAAAAAAAAAGUAGAUUUGUGUAAAAGUUGUUCCAUUAAACUAAAUGUCUA